AAAAGAUAUGUACAAUGGAAACAAAAAGCCACGUUCUUGUCAAACCCUAAACUCUGAUAUGAAGCCAAGUUUCCAAGUUGAACUCAUGCGUACUCAAAUGGGAAACCAAUAAAUAAGGAAGAAAAUCAGAAGGACAGCGCUGCGCCAUGACCACCAAGGCAAGAAGAAGAAGCAUCUCUCCAUAUAUAAACCUUGUUUCUUUGCCUUAGAAAAUAAUCACAAAAUUCCACUUUGAUUUUCAAAUGGGAUCCUCAAGCACUUAUUGUGUUGUUCUCAACUUGUCAUUCCUUGUGUUCAUCUUUUUUCUGGGUUCUUCGUUUGCUUCUUUUUCAUCGUCAUCGUCGUCGUCAUCCUUGCACCCUUUAGUUUUCAACUCCAAAGUUCAACACCUUAACUACACAGCAAUAUCUGAGUUUAGGGUUGUGAAUAGAAGAUUUCUGGCUGAGUGUCCUCAUCCGAGCCCUUAUCUGCAAAUUAGUAUUAACUCAACUUCUUCUGGCCUUGGAGAUGAAGAGUUCUUGAGUGUCAAUGUUAGAGGUGUCCUCAAUCCUUCCAAAGACGAUUGGGUCGCCAUGAUUUCACCUUCUCAUUCUGAUGUCUCAAGCUGUCCUUUAAAUGGGAUUCUCUAUGCACAGACUGGCGAUCUCAGCAAACUUCCUCUUCUCUGCCAUUAUCCUGUUAAGGAAAAUCAAAGGCACUGCCUAAUGAGUGCAGAGAUAGCAGAUAUUCCCUUUCACCUAAUGUGA